UCUACUUCCUGUUAUUAAAGAAAAAAUCAACAACGUGGUUUUCACUUGUGAUACGUAAAGAAAGCUGUCAAAUCUCACAAAUAAACCAUGGCGAAAACAAAAAAGAAAGAUAAACAGAAGGACAAUAUCAACAGAAGUUCCCACAGUAUGAAUCCAGAUCGCCCCAAAGGUGCUGGAGGAAACAACAUGCGAGAUAAAACUACAAUUAAACGACUCCAGAUGUACAGAAAUUUUAAGGCAAAGAGGGACAAGAAUGGGAAGAUAAUUAAAGCAGCUCCAUUUCAAUCAAAAUUGACUCCAGGGAGUAUGGCCAGGGUUGAACCAAAUAGGAGAUGGUUUGGCAAUACUAGAGUUAUAACCCAAAAUGCUCUGCAAACAUUUCAAGAGGAGAUGGCUAAAGUCAAGAAAGAUCCCUACAAAGUGAUCAUGAGACAGACAAAGCUUCCAAUCACUCUGCUGAAUGAGACAGCCAAGUAUGCAAAAGUACAUCUUCUUGACACUGAGGGAUUUGGAACAACAUUUGGUAAAAAAGCCCAAAGAAAGAAACCCAAAUUAAAGACUGCAGAUAUGCAGGCACUUGUUGAUCAUGCCAUGUCAGCAAGUGACGGAUAUUCAGCUGAAAAAGAUCAUGACCUUGUCACUGAAGCACCAGAGUUCAAGGACGAACAGCCAGAGGUCAUAUUCAAGGCCGGUCAGUCAAAAAGAGUUUGGGGAGAACUAUAUAAGGUGAUUGAUUCCUCGGACGUCGUGAUUCAGGUCCUUGACGCUAGGGAUCCUUUAGGCACCCGCUGUUACCAGAUAGAGAGAUACAUGAAGAAGGAGAAACCUCACAAACACCUGAUCUUUGUGCUGAAUAAAGUGGACCUGAUCCCUGUCUGGGUCACGCAAAAAUGGGUGGCCAUUUUGUCCCCUGAGUAUCCAACAAUGGCCUUCCAUGCUAGCAUCACAAAUCCAUUUGGAAAGGGAGCUCUCAUCAAUUUACUGAGGCAAUUUAGUCAGCUACAUACAGAUAAGAAGCAGAUUAGUGUUGGGUUUAUUGGAUAUCCCAAUGUUGGAAAAAGUUCCAUCAUCAACAGCUUACGAGCUAAAAAAGUCUGUAAAGUAGCGCCAAUUGCAGGGGAAACAAAGGUGUGGCAGUAUGUGACCCUGAUGAGGAGGAUUUACCUGGUGGACUGCCCAGGUGUGGUGUACCCCCUUGCUGCUACCCCCACAGAGUCCGUCCUCAAAGGAGUGGUAAGGGUAGAGCAAGUGAAAAGUCCAGAGGACUACAUACCAGCCCUGCUAGAGAGAGUGAAACCCGACUACAUAAAGAGCACAUACAAAGUGCAGGACUGGCCCAACGCUGAAAACUUCUUAGAGCAGAUUGCUAGAAAAUCAGGAAAGCUUCUCAAGGGUGGUGAGCCAGAUCUAGGGACAGUGGCUAAAAUGGUGCUAAAUGAUUGGCAGAGAGGGAAGAUUCCAUACUUUGUAAAACCACCCGGGUGUGAGAAUGAAGGUUCAAAGUCAAAGGAAGAUGAGAAGCCUGAAAACAAAGAUGAAGCAGCCAAAUUAAUAACAGAAGAGGAAGAAAACACUGAAGACUCAGAGAAAAAGACCUUACCCAAGGUUCAACAGAAUCUUACCAAAAUCAAUGUGGAACCUGAAUUCUUGGAGGAAGAUAUCAAGAAAGUGGAGGAACUAGAAGGUAAAGAUGAUUCUGACCUAGAGGCCGAGGCCAAAGACAGUGAGGGUGAGGAGGAAAAGGAGGGAGAGGAAAAGGUCAGGUCAAGGACAAAGAAAGUAAAGAAGGGGAGGGUGAAGGAGAUGGAGAGCUGUGGUGAUGAGGUAACCUUGACAACAGGACAAGAGGGCAUUGAGAGUGUGUCGGAGCGACUGAAGCCGAGUGAGGAAGGAACUGAGGAUGUGAAGGAGAGGAAAGGAAGGAAGCGGAAAGUGGCAGACGUGGAGAGGACACAAGUUACUCGCUCCACCAGUGGAAAAUUUACUGUAGUGGAAGACAGUGGUCAACAGAAGAAAAAGAAGACAGUGAAUAAGAAACCCCAGAAACAGAAUGAUGAUUCUGAAGAAAAUGAUUCUCCUCAACCAAAACUUUCAAGCAAACAGAAACGGAGAUUAGAAAGAGAUGCACGCACAAAGAAAAUCGGAACCCACUUUUAUACCACCACAAAUGUGAAGAAUAAGCGAAGAUAAUGAAGUCACCUCUAAUUUGUUAUUGUUGAUCGAUUAUUUCAAGAAUCCAUUAAAUAUAUCAAAUAUUUAGACAA